GUGGCCUGCCCCCCUUCUAAAAGGCGCACAUGGUUUAGUCCACUCCGGCCAAAUAGAGUGCGUCUUCAUCUGGUUGACCACCUGAGGAUUUCAGAUCAGAGUUACAUGCCUGGACAUGUCUGCUGCAUGGAGGCUCACUUAGCUCCAGUGAGUGGACCAGAUGCCAAGCAGAAUGCGGGUGCUUGGACACUGAACAGUUUCAAGUAAAGGUCAUGCAGUGUUACAACCUGCAGCAACUGGAGCCCACUUGAGUUUUCAAUGUGUGUUUUCUGCUGAAGGCUACACAAGAGUGUGCUGCGGUCUAGUUGGAGGGGACACCCUGUUUGCCCCGUCUGCAGAAGCGCAGAUAUCUGGCUGGCCUGGUGUGCCCGUCUGCAGCCUCAUUCUCUCUGCUCUGUGCCGCGCAGGAUAAGGAGAUGAGGCCCUCGGGUGAGGAGUGCCCCAGUGCCAAGUGGCCAGGCUGUGGGGUGUUUAUCAGUGCUGCCUGGCUGCACUGAGGAAAGUAUCUCCGAGGAAGAGAUGGGGGAGUCCUGGGAAGACUUGGGCUGGUGGCAGGUUACUCUGAGUCACUUUGCAGCUGAAUAGAGACUGCAGUUGUAGGGCAGCUCACAGGGCAGAUUAUGAAGAGAUUUGUCUCUACAGGGAAAAUGCAUAUGAAAAUGAACAAGAAUGAAGCAGUGCAUUAAAACAGCUUUGACGUGCUUACACAGCGAAGUUUAAUCCUCUGUUGGUGCAUGUGUGUUAGUGUCUCUGCAUGUAUGUGCAUAAGUGAAUAUCCCACACUUAUUCACAUUCAUGCAAUAUGUCUGUCUCUCUCUUGCUCUUUCUCUGCUCUCUCUGCUCUCUCCCUUCCUCACCCUUCGUCUGUUGCUCCCUCCCCCUCCUUUCCUCUCUGUGUGAGCGUAGUCUGGGCGCUAAGCCAAGUAGAGUGUGUUUUUUUGAAUGAAUACCUGAUGCGGCUGAUGAGGCUGGCUGGGGGAGGAGCUGUGUCAGUGGAGUACUGAGAGAGAGAAAGAGAAAGAGGAGGGAGGUAGAGAGGGAAAGGGAGAGUGGCAGAAACACAGAGAGAGAGAGAGAGAGAAGCAGCCAGGCAGAGAGGGAGCUGGCGGUCUGGUGGCCUUGCAUAACACACAUUGGAGCAGCCUUGAACGCAGGACUUGGUGUUAGCUUCAGCAGUGGGGAACUUCCUUUACCGUCAGCCCAUUGCAGGGGCACCAGAGCCCCCAAAUCGGAGAGUCCAGAGAGGACGGGCAGAGCUGAAGCACCAACAGCACAGGCUCCAGGAGAGGAGAGCGGCACAAAGGAGAGAUUCAGGAAGAGGAGUCCUAGGAAACACGUCUCCAACACACAUACGCACAUACACACACACACACACACCACACACACUCACACACAUACACACAUUGAGAGGCUGGAAGAAUCCUUGGACAUGGUGUGCAAGCAGUGGCUGUGGAGAGACUGAUUCCUGCCGACGUUGUGGAAGUGGUGCAUCGGUCAGAGAUGAUUCCUCAUGAAGUCUAUGGAGCUCAUUUUGUGAGCUGGAGGGACUAUGUCUUCUCUGGUCUGAGACCUGGAGCUGUAUACCAGUAAACACAAAGAGAGUCAGAGCCACACAGCAUACAGAGAGGCCGUCGUCUGCACAUAACCAUUGAGUGGAGGGGAGUGAGAGAAAGACAGACACAGAAGAGCUUAGAAGUACUACCCGGGAAUAUCAAAACCACUCUGACACAAUGAAAUCCAACCAGGAGCGGAGUAAUGGAUGCCUGCCCCCUAAGAAGCGUGAGAUCCUGGCUCUGGAGCAGAGGCCAGUUUCAGUAACUACAACAACACCUCCAGCUGCAGGGGUUACUGACAGUCCCCACACAGAGAACCUUGCAUGGCUGGCAAGUGUAGCCAGUGAACGCUGCAAAUCCAGGGAUGCAGAGAGCCCAAGAUGCCCAGUCUCCUCCAUUUCCUCCAGUUCUCCUUCCACCUCCAUCCCUUCCUCAGCUGCUCCUCUGUCUGCAGUGCCCCUGGCCUCUCUGCCCACAGUUUACCCCACGGCCCUUCCUCAGCAGCCCGGGACUAUCCAAUUUGCUCAGCUGGGGCCCAACGUUCAGUUCAUCAGCUCUGGGCCCUAUGCUGGCUACAUCUCCUCCCACAUCAUCUCCACUAAUGCUAGCUCUGCACCUAACAGCUCUGCCAUAGGACAACGUUCCCACCUGGAUGGUUACAGCACUGCUCUUAUCUCCUCCAACGCCAAAGGGGACCAGCAGUUUCAAAUAGGCCUCUCCCCCACAGAACUGGCUCCUGUUUCGCUAUCAAGCUCAUCCCAAGUCACCAGCCAGUACAUUCAUCUGGACAGCAGAACACCUUUAGCUGUUGGUGGAAACCCAGUCACUUCACCCACAGCACACCUGCAGCUUCACCCUCACACAGCUGUCCUCCCUCAAACGCUUACCCUCGCUCCAUCCCAGCUGGUGGUUCAGUAUGCAGAUGGUUCAGCUGGAAAGAAACCAGAGGGACAUGCUAAGGUUGUGCUGAAUGGGGAAUUGGAGGUUGUCAAGCAGACCAAAACUCCCAGUCAGCCAGCGAACCAUCAGCAGGUCCAAAGCUACGAGACCAGACAUAUCCUCCUGCCUGCAGACUAUAGCCAAAACCCUGCAGGACUCCAGACCUCCUUGGUCCUGGUAGCGCAGCCCAACCAUGCAGCUGAACGUGAAGCUGGCUCAAAUAAAAUCUCCUUAGUCCAGACUGAAAAAGGAUCCAUCUGUUUGGGGAAACCAGUGUCCAGAUCUUCUUCUUUCACCUCCCUCUCUUCCUCAGAAGUAGUGAAGUCUGUUGCUCCUCAUACAGUCAUCCAGACCACUCUGCCCCCUGAGGAGCUGCCAGCCAGUCUCUAUUCCUCCACACAGCCACCCAUCAUUGGCUAUAUCACCAGUGCGAAUCAGCAUGCUCUCAGCUACCAUGCAACACUGCCUCAGCAUCUGGUCAUCCCAAGUGGCCAGUCCCUCCUCAUCCCAGCCAGUGGCACCAAUAAUGGCACAGAAAUUGAGGUCAGUCGUACUGUCAGCGCCCUGACCGCCACCACCACACCACAAAUAUCCACUGCCAUGCCACAUGCUUAUCUGGCCACAGCCCUGUCCAAGUGCGAUGCACUUGGGCCAGAUGGAAAUCAGCCACUCCCUGCUGUCGCACAGGCACCAAUGCUGCCUGUCCUGCCCUCAAACCCGGCUCCUGCAGUGGUGGCAGCUCCCUCUCCAACUCCUGCGCCUGUCCCCGCUCCUGCUCCCGUGUCCAUCCAAGCCUCCCCCGCCAUCUCCUCUUCCUCCUCCCCUGUUGCGCUUCCUCCGUUCUUCAUGCGAGGCUCCAUCAUCCAGCUGGCUGAUGGGGAGCUGAAGCGUGUUGAGGACCUCAAGACGGAGGACUUCAUUCAGAGUGCUGAGAUUAGCAGUGAGCUGAAGAUUGACUCCAGCACUGUUGAGCGUAUAGACAGUGGGCAAAGUCCUAAUGCUGUGGUCAUACAGUUUUCUGUGGGGGAGCUCAAAGCCCAGGUGUGUGUGGAGGUGCUGGUGGAGUAUCCCUUUUUUGUAUUUGGCCAAGGGUGGUCAUCCUGCUGCCCAGACCGGACCACCCAGCUGUUUGAGCUGUCCUGCGCGAAGCUGUGUGUGGGUGAUGUGUGCGUGUCACUGACCCUCCGAGGCUUGAGGAACAGUUCAGUCAUGGAUGUCCAGCCUUUUGGGACCAAGCUGAAUACUGGACCCCUCUCUGACUCAUGUCACAACAUGGAUGCCAGAAACAGUACAAGUCCAAACGCUGCACACAGUAACAAUGGCCUCCUCGUGAAGGCUUCCAGUGCAGACAGACUGGAGAGGGAGCAGAUAACUGGACCAGGACCAGGACUGGAGCUACCACCUGGAAUAGGAUUAGUUCCUGAACAAGGGGAGGGGAUCUAUGGAACUGGACCGAUGCUGCCAGUCUCAGGAACAGGAGAAGUAAGGCAGGAAUCAGUGAAAACAGACAUGCCUGCUCUUACCAAAACACAGUGUGGUGAUUCAGAGAGGCCCACAGUCCGCAAGAGACGCUGGUCAGCUCCAGAGCGAGACCAGACUGAGAGAGCCGAGGAGGAGCCUCCUCUGACUCUGCCCAAACCCUCCUUCAUCCCUCAGGAGGUUAAAAUCAGCAUAGAGGGCCACUCCAGUGCUGGGAGUGAAAGGUGCUUGAACAAAAGAGUAGACUGUUGAAAGAACUUAAAGGAAUUUUUGAUUACCUGUGGUUUGCUUUGUAUUAUUCCCUCUCUUUUCUCUCUAUCCAGACUACUGUAAUAUAGGCUGAGUUUACACCGUAUUUACACGUUUUCUUUUCUUUCACACAAAUCUGAUAUCUAUGAUGAAGUACAGCAGAGCACCUUCAUAAGUGGUAUCACACACGAGAUCAGUGCAAUCAAUGCUGAAAGCAAAAAUGAAUGCAGCAUGAAUGUUGAGUAUGAAUGGCAGUCAGAUACUUGAGUGUGUUACUUAUCAUAAGCUGAAUCUCCUUUGUCAUGUGGCUUAAACCUGUUGGAUGCAGACAAGUCAGCCACGCCUCGUGAAACCAAUAAGCACAGACCCUGAUGUCAGCAUGGGUUGCCAUGUUUUGACUCUCUUUCAAUGACAAUGCUCAAUCAUCGCGGCUGUUAUCUCUGCUACCUUGUGUAUCUGGAGAGGUUUCAAAUUUUAUUUCUUUUUAUUCAUAGCAUUACAGGUGUGUGGGUUCCCACAGGUGUGUGGGCCCGUGCAUGUUUUCUCUCAUGUAUAUUAAGGCGGAGCACGGGAUUAAAGUGUGGUUGCGUGGCUGCAGCUGUGAGCUCAGUGGUCAGUACACGACUGAAAAGGCCUGAAUGUAAAUCUCUGAAUUUGUCCUCAAUUCUGACUUCUGAAGUCAUCCACGUGCUGUUUGCUAUGUUCUGAGCAGCUGAUAUCGGUGCUUUACGUGAGUAACAGCAGUGUGCACGUGGUUGCGUUCCUCUGAUCAAGUUCCCCAGCUAAAUUUAGUAUUAUAGUUUAUAUGCAAAGACUCAUAAUUCUUUUGAUGAACAGUUACUUACAGCUACUAUGUGCAGCUUUUCAAAUAGGGAAGAAUCAAGGUAUUUCCGUUUAAUAACUGCCAUGAGAUUUAUGUGUGUCCUCGUUCUGCAAUACACAUGGUUUGCUAACUUACCUAACUGCAUUAAUCGAUUAUUUUGGUCACUUGGAGAGAGCGCAGCAAACUGCAAACACAACACGGUCCUUUUAAUUUGACGUGGCAAACCUAUUGGCAAACAGUUGCGUAAUUACACAUCCAGCGGACACAACAACAUUGACAUUCAUUCUGAGUCUUGUUUGAGACGGUAUGAUGAUUGUAAGUCCAGUUCAUCCUACUCUGUUUUGGUGUCUACCAUUUCCUGAGGGAAACAUUUGGCCCUGUAGUUGCUAAAUUCUCCGUCAUGCUUACCAGGUAGCCGCUAACUUUGUCUGUGGGCUGUUUGGUGCUGGGUAGGUAGUUUCUGAUGGGUUUGUUGGAGUUUCCUGUUUCAGCUGAAACUGACACCCGAUGACAGCAGUGAAAGAAAGUUACCAGCCAUGAAACCAAAACAAUGAGCUGAAGGAUGUUUAAUAUCUCCGUAGAGCUGUCAAGAAUUUCAGUCAGGUAAUAAUUUGCUGCCUUUCACAUUACAGUCCUCUGACACAUUGUUAGUAUUAAAAUAUUGAUUAAGGUAAACUCAAGAUGCAAAAACACAAUAACAU